UUGGUCAGUGCAGCUCAGGCACCGCCUCUCUUAUCAAAUACGUUAGGGUUCUCUCAUUUACAACUACGUCAGUUUGCAUAACUCAGAGGCAGUAUGGAAGCAAAAAAGGCUGUUUGCGUGCUCAAAGGCACUGGGGAAGUGACCGGCACCGUCUAUUUUGACCAAGAGGAUGAAAAAGCUCCAGUGAAGGUCACUGGUGAAAUCACUGGCCUUACAAAAGGAAAGCAUGGCUUCCACGUUCAUGCUUUUGGAGACAACACAAAUGGCUGUAUCAGUGCAGGGCCACACUUCAACCCCCACAAUAAGAAUCAUGGUGGACCCGAUGACCAAGAGAGACACAUUGGUGACCUUGGUAACGUGACAGCUGGUGAUGAUGGUGUUGCAAAAAUCGACAUUGUGGACAAACAUCUGACACUGCAUGGGCAACACUCCAUUAUUGGAAGGACCAUGGUGAUUCACGAGAAGGAGGAUGACUGUGGUAAAGGAGGUAAUGAGGAAAGUCUUAAAACUGGCAACGCUGGAGGUCGUCUGGCCUGUGGGGUUAUAGGCAUCGCCCAGUGAAGCUCGACACACCAGCCAGUUUAGAAAUGUCUGUGACCAAUGUGGAUGCCUCCUAUAAGCACUUAGCCCAUCGUAGAGUACAUUUCUAUUUUUGCAAUUUAAUGUGUAAAGAAUUGUGUAGCUGUUCUCUACCCAUUUAAAGCUGUUUUUGCAGGACACAUCUAUAUGUUUGCCAAGCGGGUACCAUCUGUCUGUUUACAGCAAAUAGAUGUUAAUUUCCACUCAUUUCUGCUUUACUCAAUAAAUGUUCUACUGACUUGU